AUGGCGGGCUCCUUCUCAAUACCACUGGAAGUCUCAUCAUUAAAGCGAAAACGAAGUCAUGAAAGCGAUGGCGGCCUUGAGUCCGAUGUGCCCUUACCCUUGAACGCGUCCCCCCAAGACCCUGCCGAUCAGACACCCUCGACCACGGUCGAUCCUCCCCCCAAUGAAUCUGAUGUACAGACAGGUGGAUCUCUCAAAACUACAGCCGCCAAAAAGACGGGUAAAGGGAAGAAAGUUACCUCGAAGCCCUCGAAACGAACUCCAUCUACGCCAUUGCCAGACGCCUUUAAGCGCCUCUCGCAAACCCAUCGCGCCUUGAAUCUCGUGUACACGUUUUGCUCCACGCGAAAGCACUUUGCCACCACAUUCGAGAACAUAAAAAAAGCAGUACAAGCUCAACUUGGUCAGGGGCGAGAACUCACGGUUGAUGAUGUCGCACGUGUGAAGGUCAUAAUUCCCGGAGCGGUCCUUUUCGAAUAUGUGGACGAAGCCAAGCUGGAAGUAAUGACCGUUGGAGAUGAAGAGAUUACUCAGUAUGGGUUACACAAGCGUACCCUGGCAUUUUCGGCAGAUAUGGACAGAGUUGAAGAUGCCAGAAGCAGUGAUCUUCACUAUACAGACGACACAAAGCAAGUUCUGCUAUUUGAGUUUAUGGACGGCGAUCUGAAGGGGGAAGUUCUGAACCCGAAAACUGGGGAACCUAUGAAACCUAUGCGUCAAAUGAGAGACGAUGAUCUGAAAAUGCCCGUCUACAGCCAAAAACAGAUGCUGGCUUUGAUUGAAAAACGAAAUUCAAAGUUUUCAGACGCUUUGAAUGCGUUUUUGGUUCAUUGUGAGGAUAUGAAUCUCGAUCCAGUGAAUUUUCUUGAAGAAAAGAAGAAUGCUUUCCUGCCCACCCCUCUUGCAGAGAAGCCGCCAGCAACAAUUCCCAAGGAGCGAAAGUCCAUUGAGGAUAUAAUUGCAGAAAUUCGGGAGAUGGAUUUGUAUCAUGCACAAAUUGUGCCGGAAGGCCAUCGGGUGUUCGAAGCCCAGUCUGCUGUCUACGGAGAUUUGACAUUCCAGCUCUCGCAGGACCUUGUCAAUGCUCUGUAUAACACAAAGGGAAUUACCCAAAUGUAUGCUCAUCAAACAGAGGCAAUUAACUACCUGUAUGAGGGCCACAAUGUGAUUGUGUCGACGUCGACGAGCUCCGGAAAGUCCCUCAUCUACCAAGUCCCCAUGCUGCACGAACUAGAAAAAGAUCCGGAGAGCAGGGGAAUGUAUAUAUUCCCCACUAAAGCUCUGGCACAAGAUCAGCGCCGCAGCAUGAUGGAUCUACUUCAGUAUAUGAGCGGGCUGCAACACACAAUGGUUGAAACCUUUGACGGGGACACGCCAAUGGGGAGCCGGAACUUGAUUCGUGACGAGGCACGCAUAAUUUUCACCAAUCCUGACAUGCUUCAUAUUACAAUUUUGCCACAGGAGAGUUCCUGGCGCACAUUUUUGAAGAAUCUGAAAUUUGUCGUUGUCGACGAACUGCACGUCUACAACGGCUUAUUUGGAUCUCAUGUCGCUUUUAUCAUGCGCCGUCUUCGCAGGAUAUGUGCUGCGGUUGGUAAUCGUCAUGUCAAGUUCAUAUCUUGCUCUGCUACUGUUGCGAACCCGGAGGAUCACAUGAAGUCUAUCUUUGGGGUGCAGGAUGUGAAACUCAUCGAUUUCGAUGGAUCUCCCUCUGGCCGUAAGGAGUUUGUUUGCUGGAAUACGCCAUUCAAAGACCCCAAAGAUCCUACCUCUGGGCGCGCCGACACUGUCACUGAGACUGCGAGGCUAUUUUGCCAGCUGAUCCUUAGGGGCGUGAGAGUCAUUGCCUUCUGUCGAAUCAGAAAGCUAUGUGAAGUUCUCUUACAAGGCGUGCACGCCGAAUUUGGUAGACUCGAACGAACAGAGAUUGGCAAGCUAGUGAUGGGCUACCGAGGCGGCUAUAGCCCUCAAGAUCGACGCCAAAUCGAAAAGGAGAUGUUCGAGGGGAAAUUGAUGGGAAUCGUGGCUACCAACGCUCUAGAAUUGGGCGUUGAUAUUGGCUCCCUGGAUGCAGUCAUCACCAUGGGCUUCCCAUACUCGAUCUCCAAUUUACGCCAACAAAGCGGCCGCGCUGGACGACGCAAUAAGGACUCCCUAUCCGUCCUAGUCGGGGAUAGAUACCCAACUGACCAACACUACAUGAAGAAUCCAGAUGAAAUCUUCACGCGACCGAAUUGUGAGCUGCAGAUAGAUCUAUCCAACGAGCUCAUCCUCGAAGGCCACGUUCAAUGUGCUGCAUUUGAGAUGCCUAUCCGCCCCGAAGAAGACAGCAUCUACUUCGGGCAACAGCUCCUUGCCCUGGCCCCGACUCGCCUAAUAAAAGAUUCACUCGGCUUCUACCACUGCCACCCACGAUUCCGUCCACAGCCAUCCCGCAGUGUCUCAAUACGCGACACAGAAGACCAACACUUCGCCGUCAUAGACACGACCAACAACCGCAACAUAGUCAUAGAAGAAGUCGAAGCAUCGCGCGCCUUAUUCACAAUUUACGAAGGCGGGAUCUUCCUCCACCAAGGCACAACUUACCUAGUUAAAGAACUAAACACCGAAUCCUUCCUAGCACGCGUCGUACGCGUCCACGUCGACUGGAACACCAUGCAACGCGACUUCACCGACAUCGACCCCAUAGAAACCGAAGCAAUGCGUCUGGUCGGCAACGACCCCUCCGCCUCGUCCGCCUUCUUCGGCGCAAUCAAAAUCCACGCCGUAGUCUACGGCUUUUUCAAAGUCGACAAGCGCGGCCGCGUCCUCGACGCCGUUGCCGUCGAUAACCCGCCAAUCGACCGUCUCACCAAGGGCAUGUGGCUAGACGUCCCAACGCGCGCUAUCGACAUCCUACAAUCGCACCGGCUAAACAUAGCCGCGGCCAUCCACGCCGCUGAGCACGCCGUCCUCUCGCUCCUGCCCUCCUUCGUUGUCUCCUCGCCCGGUGACGUCCGCACUGAAUGCAAAGUCGCGAAGAAAGAGCUUGGCCGGCCGCUGCAGCGCGCGAAUGUACCCGUUGAGUUCGAGGAGAAGCUUAAACCGCCUUCGCGACAGAGGCCUGCUCGGCUUACCUUCUACGAUGCGAAAGGUGGGUCGUGUGGUUCUGGUAUUGCUAGUAAGGCGUUUGAGUUUAUUGGGCUGCUUCUCCGGCGGGCGGUUUCGCGCAUUGAGGCUUGUUCCUGUAUUACGCCGCAGGGCUGUGUGGAGUGUGUUUGUGAUGAGCGAUGCAAGGAGAUGAAUGUUGUUAUGAGUAAGGCUGGAGCUGGGGUUAUACUGCGGUGUUUGCUGGGGUGGGAGGUUGAUGUUGAUGCUUUGCCGUGGGGAGAGGAUAUGGAGGGGGAUGAUUUUGGAGUUGGAGGUGCUGGAGAGUUGGCGGGUGGGUUGGAGACUGUCAUAAUAGCCGAGGAGGUGCCGUGGAGGCCCGGGUGUCGGGUUGAUUCUUAG